CCGACAGCUGCGCCUCUCUCACCUUCAUGUGUGAUCGCAAAGCAUCUUGGGACAUAUAUGGCUAAAAAUGGCCGACUACAGCACUGGACGACAAGGGAAGGAUAGAUCUACGCGAAAUGAUGCCUCUAACACGGAUCUCCUAUUACACCCUGAGCUUCUGUCCCGGGACUUCAUUCAAUUGGUGUUACACGAGAGGAAGAUCGGGGCGGGAGAGCGCAGCGAGGCGAGCCAAGACCGGCUGACGGACCUGUACCUGCAGCACGUCAUCCCCCUACCGCAGCGGGACCUCCCCGACAGCCGCUGGGGCCGGAGGGUGGGGCGGAACAGGCCACGCCCCUCGCCGGGCCACGCCCACAGAGGCACACACAGUCCUGGCGGCGAGAACACGCGGAAGAGGCCGCUGAUCGUGUUCGACGGCAGCUCCACCAGGACCGGGGCCGUCAAGCUGAAGAAGCCGGAGUCGGGCUCCGGUACGGACCGCCUGAAGCCCCCGCCCUCGGGGAGCCUGGCCAACCCCAUCCGCAAGCUGUGCGGCCCCCCCUCCAGCCCGGCCGGGACCCCCGUCAGCCCCCCGGGGAGCACGAGCAGGAGCCCCGCGGGGAACGGGCGGACGGGGUCGCCCGCGUCGCCGCCGCCUGCGGUCGCCACGGCAACGGUCGCCGCGACAGCGGUCGCCACGGCAACGGUUGCCGCGACAGCGGUCGCCACGGCAGCGGUCCGAGUGAAGCGGCAAGCAGCUCAAGAGCGGGAGUGCGACAGCUCGGGAGAGCUCAAGUCCCCGGAGGCGAAGAAGAAGAUUCAGCAUGUGACGUGGCCAUGAUCCUGUUACCCCCCCCCCCCCCCCUCGCUGCCCCUGGGGGGGGGACUCUGCGCACCUGUCACUCCAGUGCUGAAUCCAGGGGUCUCAUUCGUCAGAGCCGCACAGCCCCCUGGGAAACCCCAGCUCAAGCCUUCCUCCAGAACCUCCCCACCACCGUCACCCUGGAAACAGCCCCGUGGAACCUCCAAGUGCACUUACACCGCGGAGAACAGACGGACUUCUCCAGAAUCUUCCCGAUGUGACGCAGUUGGCCAUCCUCAGAGAUCGUGCUUCCCUGUGUGUAAUUCAAGUUGAAGAAUUGAAGUUGAAGGUCAUUAUAUUUCUACUUUCUGUCCCCCUGCCCACCCCCCCCCCCCCAAAAGAGACAUUGGAAUGACUUUCUGUUGAAAGUUUUGACUCCAACUUUAUUGCAGGUGUUCAGCGGUAGUGGACCACUCAAAUAUGUUGCCGUCGGUCUUUUUGGCGGAUUUCUCUGAAGGUUUGGGAGUGGGAGUGGCUUGUGGAUUUUGUGACAGAGCUCAAACGACUGUUACGGAGUCGGUUUCUGCAGGGACAUCUAAAGACCGGAGCGGACCGGAUCACAUCAGAAGCGUUAGCUAAGCGUCGCUCAGAUAGCAGCUUAACAAAAGCAACGGCCACCGAUAGCAGAGCGACGCUCGGAAUGCUGGGGCCCUGGUUGCCGCCGUCGCGUUCGGCUAAAGACGCGUUAAAAAGGGGUUUGGCGUGAAGGGACCUUCCGUGGAUGGAAGUGAGGUCGUUCCCCGUAUGUCUCUGUAUCAUAAUGACCUGUGGCUGUUUGUAAAGAUUUAGUGUCCUUUUCUACAGUGUGUGCUGUCUUCCAGUGCAGUCUCCACAAUCCAGACAGGUGCGUAAAGAAGGAAAGGCCAGGCUUUGUGGAUGCGAGCUCUGGGUGUUUUACAGUCGAGUACUGAUCGUCGAUGAUGUGUGAUUGGUCGUUUUGUCGCGUGAUGGAAGAUUUGAAGUAGCAUCACGUAUUUUUACAGUUAAACUGAAAGCGUCACCGUGUGUGAAAUGUGUGUACAUAAAAUAAAUAGGAUUUGGAAGUUA